AUGGGAGAGUCAUCUGCCCCAAUUGAUCUGAAGUUACUUAAGCGGUUGGACCGUUUCGAUGAGUUCAUCCGCAAGAGCCAAGGGUUAAGCAAACAAGGGGUGUUAGAUUACGAUGAUCUGUGCCUGUUUCCAAACGUACAACUGCCGGUGGGGUUCAAGACCCCGAAGUUCAACAAAUAUGAUGGUACGGGCAAUCCGAAAACACACUUGCGUUUGUUCGCUAACAAGUUGGGUAGACCAGUGGAUGAUGAGAACUUGCCGUUAAGGUUAUUCCCGGAGAGUUUAGAAGGCGAUGCCCUUGAUUGGUAUUCGAAUUUAAAGCUGGAGGAGGUGAAAACCUGGCUCGAUCUGUCCAAUGCUUUUAUCAGACAGUAUGAGUAUAACUGUGAAUUGGCACCGACCCGGACUACUUUGGAGGGCACAAAGAGGCGACCAUCUGAGGAUCACAAGACAUACGCCAAAAGAUGGAGGAAGUUAAAGGCCGCCGGGAAAAUUGGUACAGUACCCCCUCCUACUUACCCAUAUGACAUGCCCGCGUGGUAUAAUCCACAAGUUGUCUGCGCUUAUCAUUCUGGGGCCCCCGGACAUGCCACCUUUGAUUGCAGGGCGCUUAAGCAUAAAAUCCAAGAUAUGGUUGAAGCCGGGGAGAUUUAUGUGGAACCAGUCAGAGAAUUGGCAAGGGAAACUGAAGUGUUUGGGGUCACAGACCAACCCUUUGUCAUAGAAUUGCCACUUGAAGAGGACGAAAAGCCCUUUAUUUUGGAUCUCACGCCAGCCGAGAGGGAGGCUUUGGAGCCCGUAGUCAUUGAAUUCCCGAAGCAAGAGCCUGUUUUAAGUCUGCAACAAGUGCCAUGGAAUUAUGAUGAACCUGACGUGCAGAUUGGGGAAAAGUCAAUUGCAAAGAAGGAAGUGUCAGUGGUUACCAGAUCGGGGAAGAUUGCAAGUCCAUUUGAAGCUGCCAUUCCGAUUCGAGCAAAUAACUCCGAGCCGCCUGUUAAACCAACAAUCACUGAGAAAGAAGCCUUGGAUUUCCUUAAAAGGCUUCAGAGAAGUGAGUACAAUGUAGUUGAGAAGCUGAGCAAGUCGCCUGCUCAGAUAUCCAUGUUGGACCUGCUCUUUUCAUCAGAUAUGCAUAGGGACGCGCUGAUCGAAGUAUUGACUAAAGCUCAAAUCCCUAGGGACAUUUCUGUUGAUAAUUUCUCACAUGUAGUUGGAAGUGUGUUAUUCACCAAACAAAUUACUUUUUCUGACGAUGAAUUGCCGGUGGAGGAGCCAAUAGGAGAAGUGGACUUAGUCGUCGAGAUAGGGCCCGCCCAGUUUCAAAUAGCCUGCCAAGUCAUGCACUUUCCUAGUGUUUACAACAUUUUGCUUGGAAGGCCGUGGAUUCAUAAGUCUGGAGCUGUGCCGUCUUCAUUGCAUCAGUUGCUGAAGUUUGUAGUAAAUGACAAGCUGAUAACUAUAUUUGCCGAAGAAGAUUGCCUUGUAAUCACCGAUUCUGGGUCAAAAGAGGAUGGAAGCCGCGAUGUCACCAUGACUCCUCAUAGCACGGCUGACAUCGUCUCUGUAAGUUGGAUCACAAACGAGGAGCGAGCUUUACCAAAGGCCGGUGUCAUGAUGGCCAAAGAAAUGAUCCGUGGAGGCUAUGAAUUUGACAAAGGGCUGGGACGAGAUUUGCAAGGAAUUCUGAAGCCAGUGGAGAUUGUGGAGAAAAAGGAUUCGUUUGGUUUGGGUUUCCGACCGACUGCUAAGGACAUCAGAGAGAUGAAGGAGCGCAAGAAAGCGGAGAAAGAAGGAAGGCAAAGGGAUGUAUUUGCGUGGUCCUAUGAUGAUAUGACUGGUAUUUCAACUGACGUGGUAGUGCACAGGUUACCCACAGACCCUUCUUUUCCACCCGUAAAGCAAAAACCUCGAAAAUUCAAACCAGAUAUGAGCCUCAAAAUAAAAGAACAAAUUGAAAAACAACUCAAAAGCAACAUUAUCAUUGUUUCCCAUUACCCAAUUUGGCUUUCAAACCCAGUCCCUGUUCCAAAAAAGAGUGGAGAGGUGAGAGUUUGCGUUGACUAUAGAGACCUUAAUAAAGCCAGUCCUAAAGAUGAUUUCCCUCUACCAAAUAUUCACAUUCUCUUAGACAAUACUGCCGGACAUGAGAUUGAAUCCUUUUGCGAUUGUUUUGCUGGCUACCACCAAAUUUUGAUGGCAGAAGAGGAUAGGGAGAAGACUGCUUUCAUUACCCCUUGGGGUACCUUUUGCUACCGAGUCAUGCCUUUCGGUUUAAAGAAUGCUGGAGCAACGUAUCAGAGGACCAUGACAACCCUAUUUCAUGAUAUGAUCCACCGGGAGAUGGAGGUCUACGUGGAUGACAUCAUAAUCAAGUCUAAAAGGACGGAGGACCACUUGGAUGAUUUGAGAAAGCUAUUUGAAAGGCUGCGAAAAUACAAUUUGAAGUUAAAUCCUGCGAAAUGCGCCUUUGGGGCACCAGCUGGUAAAUUGUUGGGUUUCAUCGUGAGCAAGAGAGGCAUAGAGAUAGAUCCAGCAAAAAUCAAAGCGAUUCGAGAUAUGCCAGUGCCAAAGACUCAGAAAGACGUGAAAAGCUUCUUAGGAAAGAUCAACUUUAUUGGGAGGUUCAUUGCCCAAUUAACGGCCACAUGUGAGCCGUUGUUCAAAUUAUUAAGAAAGAAUGUGCCGUUGUACUGGAAUGAGGAGUGUCAACAGGCUUUCGACAAGAUUAAAGAUUAUUUGCUGCAGCCUCCGGUCCUGGUGCCACCCAAACCGGGCCGACCGCUGAUCAUGUACUUAUCUGUGCUCGACGGAGCCGUAGGUUGCGUUCUCGGGCAACACGAUGACUCUGGAAGGAAAGAACAGGCCAUUUACUAUCUAAGCAAGAAGUUCACGCAGUACGAGGCUAAUUAUUCAUUCAUUGAGAAAAGCUGCUGUGCAUUGGCCUGGGCAGCCCAGAAGUUGAGACACUAUCUGUUAAGCCAUACUACUUAUCUUAUUUCCCGAUCUGAUCCUUUGAAGUAUCUCCUAGAAAAGCCGAUGCUAACUGGACGUCUAGCUAAGUGGCAGAUAGUCCUCUCAGAGUUCGAUAUUGUUUUCACUUCUCAGAAGGCCGUCAAGGGGCAAGCUAUAGCUGAUCAUUUGGCAGAAAAUCCGAGGGAUGAUGACUAUCAACCACUUCACACCUAUUUCCCUGAUGAAAAGAUUUUAUUUGUAGGCGCCACGGACGAUAUAAGUGAACAAAGUCCUGAAUGGAGGCUUUUCUUCGAUGCCAAAUUGCAAUUUGCUUGUACCAACAACAUGGCUGAAUAUGAAGCCUGCAUUUUUGGUCUCAAAAUGGCUUUAGAAAUGGAGAUCAAGGAGUUGGUAGUUUUCAGUGACUCAGACUUACUCGUGCACCAAACCUUGAAGCAGUGGAUAACCAAAGAUUCAAAAAUUCUGCCCUACCAUUGUAGUUUGCUCACUCUGGCCAAGCAAUUUCAAAAUUUGGAGUUCAGACAUCUCCCGCGAGCCCGAAACGCAUUUGUCGAUGCUUUGGCCACUUUAGCUUCUAUGAUUCAGUAUCCAGAUGAGUUGAAGAUCGAACCGAUCCAGAUUCAAUUUCAAGACAAACCUGCCCACUGUUGGGCUGUAGACAAGUCUUCUGACAGUGUUCCUUGGUUCAAUGAUAUUAAAGAGUUUCUCAAAACUGGGUCCUACCCUCAGCAUGCUGGUACAAAAAACAAGAGUUUUCUGCGUAGAAUGGCUUCAAAAUUUUUCUUAAAUGGAGAAGUGUUGUACAAAAGAACCUCGGAUUUGAACCUUUUAAGGUGCAUUGAUGAAGAUGAAGCUCAAUAUAUGAUGAAGGAAGUGCAUAGUGGCGUUUGUGGACCUCACAUGAAUGGCCAUUUGCUAGCGAAGAAAAUCAUGAGAACCGGAUACUUCUGGCUUACUAUGGACAUGACCGCCCCGUGGCCCUGUUCAAUGUGGGGUAUGGACGUGAUUGGUACAAUCGAUCCUCCUGCUUCAAAUGGACAUCGAUUUAUAUUGGUGGCAAUCGAGUACUUUACCAAGUGGGUUGAAGCGGAGUCAUUCAAACAUGUGACGAAGAAGGUAGUUGCCAAUUUCUUGAGAGAUCACAUCAUCUGUCGCUUUGGGGUACCCGAAACGCUUAUCACGGACAAUGCCAAGAAUCUGAACAAUGACAUGGUAGAUGGACUAUGUGAGCAGUUCAAAAUCAAACACCGCAAUUCUGCCAUUUAUAGGCCUCAGAUGAAUGGAGCUGUAGAAGCCGCGAACAAGAAUUUGAAAAAGAUACUCAUGUAUGGAAUGGAAGCUGUAUUACCAGCCGAAGUUGAAAUUCCUUCGUUGCGAAUCCUCAUGGAAGCUAAGUUGGAGGAGGCUGACUGGAUAAAGCAGCGCCAUGAACAAUUGACGUCGAUCGAUGAAAGGCGAUUCAAUGCUAUUUGUCAUGGUCAGUGUUAUCAGAAACGGGUGGCCCGAGCUUACAACAAAAAGGUCCAUCGGCGGGCAUUUGAAGAAGGUGAUAAGGUGCUGAAGCGAAUUUUGUCGAUGCAAGAUGAAGCUAAAGGCAAAUUUGCUCCGAAUUGGCAAGGGCCGUUCAUUGUCCAAAAGGUAUUACCUGGCGGAGCCCUUAUUCUAGCAGAAAUGGAUGGACGGGCAUUCCCUCAACCCAUCAACUCAGAUAUGUGCAAAAAGUUUUUCAUUUGA